CGUUCAAUUGAACUCGUUCGCCGGACGGAACGAUUCAUCUUCUGAAGUGUUUAUGCAACUUUAACCCGAAAUCCAAGCAUUUAUUUACGUGAACACAAAACACUACACAAAUAUCAAAUAAGAAACAAUGAGUUUUCUUAACAAAGAAGAACGGACUAAAUGCUGGGGUGCCCGCGACGAUUACUGGAAGUGCCUAAGUGAAAAUGCCCCACAACAUAGUUCAACAUCAGGCGAAAAAGUUCCAGACGCCUGUAAGAAACUGAGAAAACUCUUCGAGACCAGUUGUCCCGGGACAUGGGUUAAACAUUUCGAUCGUAAACGUACCUAUGAACAGUUUAAACAGAAAAUGGAACAAGGUGUCGAUCCACUAGAAGAACAUACCAAAGAAUCAAAGAAAUAAGUUUCUAAUGUACAAAAAUAACACCCGUUUUUUUUCUAUUAUAGUUUGUUACUGUAAUUUUUAAUAAAUAAAAAAAUACUAAUUGUUGAGUAAAA